CGUUGAAGGAAGAACCAAUGCGAGCCGCUUUUACGCAGAGGGGAAGGUCAUAUAUGGGUUGAAGGAGGACAGGGACUUUAGUGUGUAUAGCCAAUUCUGUUACAGUAGGAGUCGCAGGACAAAGGGAAAAAAGGGCGUGUUCAUUGUAACGAACUCGUAUAUCCCCAACACGAAACUGUUAAUAUUGAAGGAGACAGAGCAGGAGAUGCAUAACUAUAUGAAUGGGCAGGACGGAAACAAGUGCGUAGACUUGGAGAGGAAGGCUUUGUUUGUCCACCCCUUUGAUGACAUUCCCUCGGGGCAUUUACCCAAUUCCUAUUUCGUUUAUGAGGAGGAUAUCGGUGACCAUAUGAAGGGAACUCCGCUGAACUUCGUCCUACUCGCUUGUGGACGCCACGUGAAGAAUGCGUACAAAAUUGAGUUCCGAAAUAACACGCACUUUUUGAGGAAUCAUUUUUCUUGCGAGGAUCAGGGGCUGAUCGAGAUCCACCUUCUCCUGGUGGUUAUCUUAGGCGUCCUCUCCCUUGCGUACAGAGCGAAGCAGGAUUCGUUAAGACGAGCACACAGCGCCCUGAACGAAGCCCUCCACAUGGCAGUUCUCUUUUUUGUCCUCUCAAAUCUGUGCUACCUGAUACAUAUAUUUGUUUAUGCAUUCAACGGGACAGGGUUCACCUCACUGAAGGUGCUAAGUCAGAUAGGUGAAUCCAUUUACGAUUGCUUUAUGGUGACUGUCAUUUUUUACAUUAUGUGUUGUACAAUAGAUAGGGAGAAGAGGAGAAAAGAGACUGUCCGAACUUCUCUCACCUAUGGCGUCCUCAAAUUUGUGUACCUUCUGGUCGAAAUGCAAAACCAGCAGGACUUGAAUCUCUACGCAUCGUUGCACUCAGUUGUAUCUCUACCUUUUGUGAUUUACCGAGUAGUCAUAGCAGCAAUAAUUUACAGAAACUGCAAGAGACUGCUAAUGGAGAAGACCCCGGGGGAGGAGACUUUCUUCAUAUUGCUUCACAUGUCUUUAUACAACCUCUGGAUUUUAUCAACCCCCGCGUACUACCUAUUGAUGAGCAAAGCUUCAGUGCAUUUUACCCACUUGUACGUGCACUUCUCGAACCUUUUAAUUUUGAUAUAUUUGGUGCACGUCAUUUCGGAGAAGAAGUACGAAGCCAUGGAAUCCAGGCACCCCUACUUGGAUAUGGAGUG